AUGGUUCACCCGUUCGACCCCAUUUCCGACGCAGAGCUCCAGCUCACCUCUCAGCUCAUCAAGGAUGCCACUAAGGGCCCAGAAAAGCCACACUUUAUUCAGAUCGACAGACUGGACCCGCCAAAAAAGGAUAUGAUCAGAUAUCUUGAGGCUGAGAGAAGUGGCAAGCCUCUUCCUCACAUCUCGAGAAUGACUUACGUUUACUACUAUAUUGGCCUGGACUUCUACAAGGCUCUCGUGAACGUGACCUAUGGACACAUCAUCACCAAUCAAAAACAACCCAAGGGCGUUAUUGGCCCACUGAUCGCCGAGGACAUUCAAGAAAUCGAGCAGCUUGCAACUACACACCCAAUCGUCAAGGCAGAGAUUGAAAAGCUCAAACUCCCAUCCCAUGUCAGAGUCGUCUGCGACCCUUGGAUGAACGGAACUGACAGCAAGGAGGACAGAGUGUUGAUUCAGUGCUACAUGUAUCUGGCCAACGCUGCCCAUCCAGAAUCCAACCACUACUCACUGCCGCUUAAAUUUUCCCCCGUUUUUGAGUGUCUCACCAAGAAGUUUGUGAGAAUGGACUACUUGCCAGGAGGAGCCGAUGAAACUGUGACCGAGACGCAGGCUUGGGACGAGUUCCCCUUCGUGGAGUACCAUCCUGAUCUCAACGGGGAGACUAUCCUACCUCUCAAACCACUAAUUGUCCAACAGCCUGAGGGACCAAGUUUUAGCGUUGAUGGUCACAAGAUCUCGUGGCAGGGAUGGGAGUUCUUCGUGAUACCUACUGCAAGAGAAGGAUUUGCCAUAUACGACAUCCAUUUCAAGGGCAGAUCUAUCGUUUAUAGAUUGUCGUUGUCUGAAAUGACGGUGCCGUACGGUGACCCAAGAGCUCCGUUCCACAGAAAACAGGCCUUCGACUUGGGAGACUGCGGUUUUGGUGCCACUGGAAACAGUUUGGCUCUGGGAUGUGACUGCCUGGGAGUCAUCAAAUACAUGGACUGCAGAAGGGUCAACACCAGCGGUGACUCUGUUUUGAUUCCUAACACUGUCUGUUUGCACGAGCAGGACGGAGGACUACUGUACAAACACACCAACUAUAGAACUAACGUUCCUGUGAUUGCCAGAAGGAGAGAAUUCGUUGUUCAGACCAUUGCCACCGUUGCCAACUACGAGUACAUGCUAAACAUCAUUUUCGAUCAGGCCGGCGAAAUCAGAAUUCACGUCAGAGCAACAGGUAUUCUGUCCACCAUGCCUCUGGACAAAGACGUCACUGUCCCUUGGGGUACCAAUGUCGGCCCAAGAGUCAUGGCUGCCUAUCACCAGCACAUGCUUUCGUUCAGAAUUGAUCCUGCUGUAGACGGUUACGAAAACACCGUGGUUUUCGACGACGUGGUUCGUAUGGAGAAGAAUACCAAGCUGAACCCAUACAAUGUUGGAUUUGUGACCGAGAGGACCGUUGUUGAGAAGCCAGGUUAUGUCGAACAGUCUCCGUUCACCAACAGAUCGUACAAGAUUAUCAACGAGAACAAAAUCAACCCAAUAUCUAAGAAACCUGUGGCAUACAAGAUUAUGAUGCCAGCCAGACAAAUGUUGCUCGCCGACGAGGACUCGUACAACAACAAGAGAGCUCAAUUCGCCACUCAGCAAGUCUGGGUUACCAAAUAUAGAGAUAAUGAGCUCUACGCUGCUGGCGAGUUCACCAACCAAUCCCAAACAGACACCGGAUUGGGUGUUUGGGCAAGACGUGACGAAAACGUUAGAAACGACGACCCAGUGGUCUGGGCAACUCUAGGCUUCACCCACAUCCCUAGAGUCGAGGACUUCCCGGUGAUGCCUGUUGAGGCCCAUGAAAUAGCCCUUGUUCCGUUUGGAUUUUUUGACAAGAACCCUGCUCUUUCGGUGCCUCAGUCGACCCAGAGCUUCAACAAGUCCCAGUACUUCCCAGAGUCCGGCGCCGAAUCGUCCUGCUGCAAAUCUAAUUUAUAG